AUGUCGUCGUCAUCCCGCGCCCGGGAGAUCGAGGUUGUGGUGGCCGACGGCGGCGCCAGGAAGGCGGCGGAGGGGGAGAAGCAGCCGGACCCCGUGGUGAACGUCUACUCGGCCGCGGCGUACGGGGAUCUGGAGCGACUGCGGCGGUUCGUGGAGCUUGACGGCGGCGGCGCGUCGCUCGCCGCGCCCGACGGCAACGGCUAUCACGCUCUCCAGUGGGCCGCGCUCAAUAACUACCCCCACGUGGCGCUCUACAUCAUCGAGCAUGGGGGGGACGUGAACGCAGAAGACAAUUCGCAGCAGACAGCGCUGCACUGGGCGGCGGUGCGCGGGGCCACGGCCACGGCCGAUGUGCUGCUGGAGAACGGCGCGAGGCUAGAGGCAGCCGAUGUGAACGGCUACCGGGCAGUCCAUGUUGCAGCUCAGUAUGGCCAAACAACAUUCUUGCAUCACAUCAUCUCAAAGUAUGGUGCGGAGUUUGAAGCUUUGGACAAUGAAGGGAGGAGCUCUUUGCACUGGGCUGCCUACAAGGGGAAUGCAGAUACAAUUAGGUUACUACUGUUUAUGGAUGCUAAUCAAGUAAGGCAGGACAAAAAUGGUUGCACUCCCUUACACUGGGCUGUUAUAAGAGGAAGUUUAGAAGUUUGCACCCUUCUUGUACAUGCAGGCACCAAGCAGGAACUAACAUUGAGGGAUAGAGGUGGGUUUACUCCUUUGCAACUUGCAGCAGACAAAGGUCAACAGCAUCUUUCCAAUAUACUUUCUAAUGCUACAAAAGUAAGCUUUGGAGACAAGUACUGCUCAGGGAGGCUGGGCAAGGUUGGAUACGCACCUAUCCUGUUUUCUUAUCUUGUUAUCCUCAUGAUCCUUUUCCUGAAAUCAAUUGUUUUUGCAUCUGAUUUUUCUAGAAUCACUGCUGCUGUUGGUCUUUGGUCAUGGGCUGCUAUUUCUCUUGCCUUGGCGUCGCAAGUGGUGUUCUACAGAGUUAGCAGAAACACUCCAGGCUACAUCAAAACCAAUACCGAGGGGCUUGAUCCGAAGGAACUACUCAUGGGGAUUGAUCUUAGUUCCUCUACUUUUACAGGCAAUUGGUCUCAGCUAUGCCCUACUUGCAAGAUAGUUCGUCCUGUGCGCUCCAAACAUUGUCCAAUUUGUAUGCGGUGUGUUGAACAGUUUGACCAUCACUGCCCCUGGAUAUCAAAUUGUGUUGGGAAGAGAAAUAAGUGGGACUUUUUGGUGUUUCUUUGUAUGGGGAUAGCUACAACCCUUCUCGGUGCUGCCGUUGGAUUCCACAGACUUUGGACGGAGCCCAUUAUACUCUCAUCUUCUGAGUCGUGGACUCACUUCAUGGUGACAAAACAUCCUGGUGCUGUAUUGUUCAUGUUCAUGGAUAUUUUCUUAUUAACUGGAGCUCUUAUUUUGACGGUGGCACAAGCAGUAAUGAUAGCGAGGAAUCUCACAACUAAUGAGGCUGCAAACCAGUCGCGCUACACUUAUCUUCGUGGGCCUGAUGGACGCUUCAGGAAUCCUUAUAACCAAGGCUGGCAGAAGAACUGCGUUUAUUUUCUUGUUAAUGGCUACAACAACGACGAGGAGGCUGCAUGGCCAACCCUUCAACAGACAGUAGAGUGA